AUGGAUAAGAACACUUUGGAAAAGUCAACUGAAGUGGAAAAAGCUAAUGAUGGCAAUGAAUCCAACAGUGGUGCUAAUUCAUCGGAUGAAAAUGAAAUCAUAAUUCCAGAAAUGACAAUAAUAACUGAGGAAAACUUACCACAAAUUCCCACAAACAGGACAAUUGAACUGAAUGAGGUAGUUGAUCUGCCAAGCAGGCAGAAUCAGAAUUCUCCUGAAUCAGGCAAACAAACUGAAUUUGAUACCGUUUCUGAAGCAUGUAAUCAAGAUAAUUCAAGGGAGGCAUCAAAUGCAGUAAUUUGCGAGAAAUCUGCUACCAAUAAUUCUGCUUCUACAAUGAUUUCUGAAUCGCUUUCCUGUGAAAUUCCAUCUGAACAGACAUUAUCUAAAUCUUUUUCUAAAGUUUCAAAUGAAACCACUUCUGAUCAAUUAGAUUACACAAACAUCUCAAACGAUACUUUAAUUCAAUCUUCUUCUGCUGAGACUCUUCAAACUGAACUAAUUCACAAUCCUUCGCAGAAUAUUGAACCAAAAUCACCGAUAAUAACUACACAACCAUUUACCUCCGUAAUUACUGCAAAAAGUGCAGCGUUUCAGGAAGAAGAAGUUAAAGACACUUCUUCAUCUGUCAUUGAGGAUACAAAUAGUUUAGUUUCAGAAAAUAAUACCAAAAAUUUUCCUAUAAAAGCCAAUACUACUCCUGUAAGCACUGAACUUGCAAUUAACGCUAACAUAAGUGAAGUUCAACAACUUCUGCAGCACCAAUCACUUCCUCCGAUGACCAUCUCAGAAUCAUCCAAAACAUCACCAACUUCAUCUGAAACUUCAGAAUUUGAAUUAGCGCAAACUUGUGCAACAAUACCUGAAUCAUUGGAUAAUCUUCAAACAAAAACAUCGAUUCCAAGCAAAAACUCUGCCGCAAUUAAUUUUGAAGUGAUUCCCGGUGGCAUAGGAGCGGGAACACCGGAAAUUCCAAAAUUUGUGGAUCCUAAUGUUAUGGAAAAAGAUAAUAGUAGAAAUGAAUUAUAUGCUGAAGUGGUUGUAAUAAAUGAUGAUGAUGAUGAUGAUGAUGAUGAGCGAAGAAGGGCAGAGAAUGAAAUAGUUUCGAAAGAGCAGCAACCCAACGAAACGGUUGAAGUGAAUUCGAUGACAGGAAGUGAAGUGAAAAAAGUGGAAGGCACAGAAGUAGCAUCGGACACGGUUCUCGAAGAAAGGCAGAAUUCUGUCGGGGAGACGUCAUAUAAAGUGGAUAAAGCUAAACCAGCAACAAUGCAGUUUGAAACUCCUCGUAAGCCAGCACCAAGCGUAGAUUCACGGACAAUUACACGUCCAUCAAAAAUACGAACUCAACAAUUACCAGAAGCAACGGUCACGCCGUUUUCAAAAACUGAAUCAGAAUCUGCAACUGCAGAUAUGCUUACUGCUAAUACUGGGCAAUCGCUUCCUCCACCAGCUGUAAGCGGUGCUCCAAGUUAUGUUUCAUCACAACCGCCACAAAUAUUAGGGCAACAAUCAUCGAUUGCAUCACGAUCACAACAAGGUUUACCACCAAAUUCAGUGCAACAACAAGUUGCAGCAUCGAAGCCUAUUCUUCAGCAAGCAACCGCACCCAAAAUUAUUCCUCAAUCAGAGCAUCAACAACAACCUUUUGCCACAACGACUCCAAUGAGGGGUGUAACUCACCCAGUAGUGAUACCACCAAAUAUCACACCCUCUGUUCCAGUUAUUAGCACAAAUCCUACUGUCGUUUCUAAUGCUCCAGUUGCUGCACAGGGUCCUCAUAAUCCGGAAAAUUCUCAAAGGGAAGAACGAAAAUCAUUACAGCGUGUAAGGCAGCGGACUGUAACGGUGCAAAGCCAAAUAAGUCUCGACAUAACAGCUGCAUACAAUGAAGUGAAACAGAAUGCCUGUCUUAUGUUUACUUUUGGUUCAUUUAUAUUUCCUCGCAAUAUGUGGAGACAGGAUGAAUGGAUGAACUCAGAUGACCCUGCUACUGAACUUGUACGACGUGUGCAAGCGAUUGUUGCUACAAGAGAGAAAGAAUGGAGUGCUAAAAAUGAAAAGUUAACUCAACUGCUUGCACACGAACAAAAGCGUAAUGAACCACUGGAACAAAAAGCUGCCGAACGAUUAUUAGCUAUGGCUGAGUAUGAAAAAUUAGUGCAAGAAUUUGUGGAAGAAUUAAGGAAGAAAAAUUCUGAUGAGAAAAAUUGCUUAGGUGAAUCAAAAUCAGUGGGUAGACCAGGACCAGAAAGGAAUUUAUCGCCGGAUGAUGUUACUCAGUUACUUAAAGAACGAGAUCAAUUAGCAGAGGAAGUGAAUUCAUUAGAAACAAGUUACGGUGAACUUUUCAGACGUUAUGAAAAAUUGCGACAAACAAGUGUUGAAAUUAAACGAAAUGAAGAUAGUGUUAAAAGCGCAUCUGAAGAAAUGGCAAGGAGAUAUUCACUUCUUGUUGAGAAAUUUGAAAUGCUUCGACGAAAUGCUGAGGAACAGUUGGAUCUCGCAAAUAACGAAAUAGAAAGACUGAUAAAACAGCAUGAGGCAGAUACACUUGGUUUGCGUUUGAAAGUGAAACAUCAGGAAUCAAAGAUCGACAGUUUAACUGUGAGUCUGGAAGCUAGACAGAAAGAGCUGGAAAGUAUGACAGCAAUAUUUGAAGAAGUAAUUACGAAGGCGGAAGCAAAUGAUGCUGCGUGCGAUGCUUGA